AUGGAGCCUGGUGGUGAUGGCGCAGAGGAGACCCUGCUGCCUCUGGAGCUGAGCAGCUUCCAGCUCUCCGAGGAGUUUGGCUUCCUUCUUCCUCAUCCUCUGACAGAGCUGCCAGCACCCUAUGCUCCCUGGAUGGAGAUCGCCCAGGACCUGCCCCAGCUGAUCGCCAGCCGCCGGCUCCGCUCCCGAGUCCAGCAGAUGCCGCAGCUGAGCACCUGGCAGCUCCGAGGGCGCGAGGAGCUGCACUUGGCACACCUGGUGCUGAGCUUCAUCACCAUGGGCUACCUUUGGCAGGAGGGUGAGGAAGGCACUGUGAAGGUCCUGCCCCGAAAUCUGGCUGUCCCCUUCUGGGAGGUCUCACAGACCCUUGGCCUCCCUCCCAUCCUCAGCCAUGCUGACUUUGUGUUGGCCAACUGGAGGAGGAAGAACCCCAGCGGGCCUCUGGAAAUGGAGAACCUGGACACCAUCAUCUCACUGCCUGGUGGGGAGAGCCUGAGAGGCUUCAUCCUCGUCACCUUCCUGGUGGAGAAGGCAGCUGUGCCUGGCAUUAAGGCCAUCGUCCAGGCCAUCCAUGCCAUCCUGCAGCGGGAUGAGGAGAGCCUGCACAAAGCCCUGCAGCAGCUGGCAGAGGCCAUCGGGGACAUGGGCCAGGCUUUGAAACGGAUGCAUGACCAUGUGGACCCAGCAGUGUUCUACACCGUGAUCAGGAUCUUCCUCUCCGGCUGGAAGGACAACCCUGCCAUGCCAGAGGGGCUGAUCUAUGAAGGUGUAGCCGAGGAGCCCCUGGGCUACUCGGGAGGGAGCGCGGCGCAGAGCAGCAUCCUGCACGCCUUCGACGAGCUGCUGGGCAUCCGCCACAGCCAGCACAGCUCUGCCUUCCUGCAGAGGAUGAGGGACUACAUGCCCCCAGCCCACAGAGCCUUCGUGGAGGCCAUCCACCGUGCCCCCUCCCUCAGGCACUUGGUGCUCUCCUCGGGCUCGCCGCGGCUCCGCGCAGCCUUCAACCGCUGCGUCUCGGCGCUGGUGGACUUCAGGUCCUCCCACAUCAUCAUCGUCACCAAGUACAUCACCGUGGCAGCAGCCAAAGCCAAGGCCAGGCAGGCAGAGCUGGGGGACAGGGCUGGCCCCUCCACGGCCAAGCUGCCCUCUGCGCUGGAGGCCAAAGGCACUGGCGGGUCCCACAUCUCUGUCUUCCUGAAGAGCAUCAGGGACAGCACCAGGGCAGGGCUGAUACCUGCCUGACCUGCCCAGAGGGGCUGCAAGGUACUGCUCAGGGGGAUGCAGGAGACCAAAUGGUUCCAGUGGGUGUCUGCGGGGCACCAGCCACAGCCCAGCCACGGUGAGCUUCACCCAGAACCUCCUCCCAGCAGCACCUUUCCUGCUUGUGCACGGUUGGGACGUGGGGAACAUGCUUCAGACUGGAGAGAGGAGGGCACUGCUGCUGCUAGCCCCCAGAAGGCAUGCAGUGGGCAGCAGCCUUCCACAGCACCACGAUGGGCACAGCACCCUUACAUGGUACUAGGAUGGGCACAGCAUCCUCUCACAGCACCGGAACAGGCACAGCAUCCU